CAUAGCGACGAGAUCGCGACCGUUUUUGGCCGCAGAGCCAGGAAUUGCAAUAAUCGUCGAUUACGACGAAAAACCAAAGCAGAGCUUUUGCUCUGUUAUACCUGUGUUUGUGGUCAUCCUAGUACCGUUACAUCGGCCGUGGAUUUUCGGCAUUUCGAGGAUUUUUUCUUCACCUUUGACAAUAACGAAACAUGGCUUAUUGAAGAAGAUGAAGGGCUUGCAGAAAUAUAUUGUUUCUCCAUACGGAGGAGACCGUAGCCGCAACCACUCUGGAAUUCAGCACGAACACAUUCGUGCUAGAAAUGGAAAAAAAUACGAAAUUUCCGCAAUCCUCUACAAAGGGGGCUCCUGCUGAUAGUAAAAAGACUCAAGAUGUUACAAACAAACUUUUUCCAAGAAAUUCGCGCCGUCGCGAACCAGCAGGUGCUAGCAGUUCUUCGAAAUUUGAACAAUCAAAGAAGUGCAAUGUACAAAAAACAAAAAGUUUUGAUAAGAGACCAAGACCUAAAGGACAAUAUCAUGGCAGUGCAAAGGAGAAUACCAAGGUAGUACAUACAGAAUUUGCUGAGCCUGGCUCAAUAGUGGUCCAAGGAAGUAAAAAGCAGAAUUUGAAUCAUCUGCUAAAUUUUCAUUAUGAGCCACGUGAUAUGCAAAGUGGUUCAAGUGCAUGGAGUCAUGGAAAAUCAGUGAAAGGUUUCUCUCGAAACAGUAAUAGGUGGCUUCCACCAAUACAACGGCAUAAGUACAACAAAGAGCAGUUUUUACAAGCCAGCUGUCAAUUUGUUGUAAAUGACAGUGGAAAUUAUACGUUGUAUCUAAGUGAUCCAGAUGUACUAGUUGAUUGGAAAUUGGUAGAACAAGUUAAACUCCAUAGUUCUGAAAGCUUAUCAUGCCCAAUAUGUUUAUGUUCACCAGUUGCUGGAAAAAUGACACGUUGUGGUCAUGUUUAUUGUUGGCCUUGUAUUCUUCAUUAUUUAUCACUUUCUGAUAAAUCUUGGCGUAAAUGUCCUAUUUGUUAUGAAUCUAUCCAAAAAUCUGAUUUAAAAAGUGUUAGUGAAGUCACACAAAGUACAUUAAAUUUAGGAGAUAUUGUCACUUUACGUUUGAUGCGUCGUGAAAAGGGAUCGUUGCUCGCAGUGCCUGUUGGAUCCAUACUUCAAACUCCAACAAACUUCUUCCCAGUUUCAGAAACUAUUAGCACUCAAGUCUACUCAAAACUUCUCAUUGCAAAUAGAGAUGAUGUCGUGAAUAUUAUUGAAUGUGAACGGAUUCAAUUGAAAUUCGAGCUAUCAGAUAAUCCUGAUUCUCCAGAAAAUUGUUAUAUUGAACAAGCACUUGAUGAACUCUCAAAAAGAGAAGAGGAAUUACCACAAAAGAUGAAAUCAGGAGUUAUUCCUAUGAAUGAAACUACAGCGCAAACGGGAAAUAACAACAUUGAGAAACAUUUAUCUCAAUCUGGAUCUCAAGAGUGUGAAGAAGCAAGUAUUUCAACAAAAGGGCACGUAAAAAAUCUGGAUGAAGAAGCAAAGUCUAUAGAAAAUUCUCCUAAUAGUGCUCAAUUAACUUCGAACACUCAAAAAUUCUUUUACUUUUACCAAGCGGAAGAUGGACAACAUUUAUAUUUACAUGCAAUGAAUGUAAAAAUGUUAGAAAUGCAAUACGGUAGUCUUGAAAAUUCUCCUCAUACCAUAAUGGGAAAACUUUUAGAAAAAGAAACUGGAAGUCUUACGGAAAAUCUAAGACGUAGAUUAAGAUAUUUAUGUCAUUUGCCAUUGGCUUGCCAAUUUGAAGUAGCUGAAAUUGAAUUAAAGCCGCCAAUUGUAUCAAACGAGGUUUUAUCUUCAUUUCAAGCCCAAUUAACAUUGAGGCACAAGUGUAGACAACAACGUGAACGCGAGGAAAGGAAAAGAGAAAGAAAGAUUACUGAGGAAGAAAACAAACGAAUGGGAAAAUAUCCAACACCUAUUGUACACAUUGACUCACAACAACAUUUUCCUCAAUGGCAACCAGAAUUGUUAUUUUCAGAAGAAAGCGUUCCAUCACCACCAGAAUCGACGACGGCUUCAAGUGUCGCUAGUAGUCCAUCCUUAAGCACAUUUGACGAGAUUGUUACAUCUAAACAAACUGACAACGUCACUCACGAACCGGGGCCAUCGUUUGCUGAAAUGUUGCGAAAUACCGGCACACGUAUGAAGUCACAAUCAAUAUGGCCAUCAAUUAACUCUACUCAUGGGAAACUAAAUACUAGUAUAACCGUUCAAUCAUCUUCAAGAAACACUGAAGAAGAGGAAGACUAUAUCCCAGUACCAUCACACAGUCAGAGUUUUGGCGAUGCCUUAGCAGCUGCUUUAGAGCAAACAAAAUUAGAAACAAAGAAAAAUGGAAGUGGAAAGAAGAAGAAAAAGAAAGGAAAAUCAACUGUAUUGUUUGCAACUACUAUGGCACAUCAAUCUUAAUUUCUUUCAUAAUAACGCUUGCACUCUAUGUUGUUAUUUUCAAAUUUCAUAAUUCACUUAUUUUAUUAUCAGGUGUUAUAUUUCAGGUUAUUUCGGGUAUACGUUAGAAAAUUUGUAAAAUCCUAGUACAAAUCAUAAUAUAUAUUGAUGAUGUAUUGCUAUUUAUUAAAUUUUCAUCAUUAUACUAUUGAUCAUUGAACAAUUGUUUUUGUAGCAUUUGAGUCUGUUGUGCUUGCAAAUAAAACUUAAUUUUAUGAAGAAUAA